CCACUCUCUCUCUCUCUCCCUCAACUCUCACACACACGAGAGCUCUCUCCCUCUCUCUGACACACACAGAGGGCUCUCUCUUCACCCCUCUGCUGUCUCUCUAAUAUCAGCUUGUGAAACCCUAAUCUCUGCAAAACGCUUUUUCUCUAAAACCUAAUCCUCAUUAUUGCAGAAUACGAGUUUGAGAUUUUAGUAGUUCGAGUUCGAUGAAGAAAAUUCUUCAAGUAUCAGGCCUUCAACUCUUGCCUUUGGUUCCAUUUUGUCGAAGCAUUGGGUGCCACAAGUUGUAUAAGAUGUAGUCAUUGGGUGCAAUUGGGGAAUGUCAUUCCUUACCAAUCGGAACACCAUCUAGGUAUGGAUACCCAACCUUUUCAUUCGAUCCCUCGCACUGAGAAGAAAAACAAAAACUACUAUUGGAAUGCCCAUCAGGAUGACUAUUUUAUCGAUCUUAUGGUCAAUGAGGUUAGCCGAGGACGGAAGACGGGAGGGGUUUUCCAUAAAGAUGCCUGGAAUGCUAUGACAAAAGCAAUGAAAGCCAAAUAUGGGGAGGAUUUUGAUAAGGAUAGGCUCAGGAAUAGGCUGAAAACAAUAAAAGGUCAGUAUUCCAAUGUAAAACAGCUCCUCCAACAGUCUGGCUUUUGGUGGAAUGAAGAGACAAAGAUGGUGACAGGAGAUGAGGCAGUUUGGGAUGAUUUCAUUCAGGAACACGCAUGGGCUGCCAAGUAUAGAAAAACGGCUGUGCGCAAAUAUGGAGAUAUGGCCAUCUGUUUUGGAGACCCGGUUGCAGACGGGAGCUUCAGUCAAACAGGUCAUGAUGCUCCACUCAAGGAGAACACACCAUUGGGAGAUGCCACUCCCAAUGAUUUGACUGGUGGCAUGUCUCCUGCUGACUUUGGAUCUCCCAUCUUUGACUUAGUGGAGAAGGUGUCUCAGGCAUCUUCCUCGGGUGGUAAUGCCCGAGCAUCUUCAACGGCGUGUAAGAAGCGUCGAAGGUCUUCCAGCUUAGUAGUGCCUCGAAUGAUACAAGCUGGCCUUACUCAACAGUUUUGGCAGGCAUCGGCCCUGCAUCAAUGCAUGUUGGGAAGAAGGCAUCGGCUUUGCAUCGAUACAUCUUGGGAAGAAUGUUAUCAGUAUGUAGAUAAAUUUAAGGGAGUAUCAUGUUGUCCUUUCUGCACACCACAGGAAUCAGAGGCUUCAGAAAAUUUCAAGAAGAAUAUGGAACAACACCAAAGUGUCAUCUCGAUCACAGAUAGGCACAGACCAAUAAAAGGAAACGUACUUGAUGCUUCACAAUAUGAAUUCAUGACUGGAAGAGGAGAUGUGAAAGCCUCGGAGCACACAAGUCUGGCUUCAACAGAAGUGAAUCUAACAGGUCUAGGGCCAGCAUAGAGGAAGAUGACAGGAUUUUCUGGUGCGAUGGGCCAGCCACCAGUGAUAAAAGCAUGUGUAAUUGUUCGUAAAACCGAUCGCAUCAUUGAAGGCGGGUUCUAUAACACCUAAUCCAAUGCAUGUCACCAGUAAGCCUGCCAAGGCGUACGGAUCGACGCCGCGAACUCCGGUAGGUUGUAAGUUCUGCCGGUUCCCCUGUCUUGGCUUUAAUAUUUGCUGGUAAACAGGUCACUGUAGUUGCAAGAUACACUGCAGAAAAGGGAAAGCCAUUAAUCGUGCAUAAAGAAGUGGUUUGGAGCAAAGAAUUAAAUCAAUUGUUGCCCAGAGAAAUUGCAAGAGAGAGAAAAUGAUGAAAGAGAAAACCAAAGAGCGUAAAGAAAUUGAGAGAGAAAUACCAGGGACUGAACAUGGUUGACAUGAGGAGAGAGGAAGUAUUAGAGAGAGAGAAAUGAAUAGUUGAUGGGUAGUGAUUUCAUGUAUGGUAGUAUAAUGCAACAAUAUUAAAA